GUCAAAAUCUAUGACCACAGAGCAUAUCACGACCCCAUCCACUACUAUGGCAGAGGUCCCUGGAAGUACUUCGGUCACGGCUAUGGCAUAGAUUAUGGGUACGACACCGAUGGCAGUAGUAGUCACGAGAAAGGCUAUGGGUUUAUCAAAGCAUUUGGUCGUGAGUUCUGCAAAGACGGCACCAAAUGUCGUCCUCCGGACCCACACUUCUGGAAGAGCACAAGCCUUACAUCCAAUGGCUUCUCAUCGGAGCCAUACUUCGCGCGCCCGCCCGCAGACGUCAUGGAGGCCUCACAAUUGUCCGCACAGUCCGAGCCCAAUGAGCCAAUAGAGACACCACCGGCGCCUCAUUAUGUGCCCAUACAAGCGCCGGUACCUCAACCUAUUCCCGUAGAAGUACCGGUACCUUACACUGUGCCCGUAGAAGCACCGGUACCUCGGACUGUGCCCGACAUUAAGUAUAUGGUCGAAGAGGACCCAAAUACCCUCUAUUGGAGAAACUAUUUCACCGACAGAAACAGAUAUUCAGAUCUUAAUUAUUAA